AUUAUAAAGAAAGAACACGACAGGAAAGACGGGACACUCGAAUGCUGUACAGUUUUUUUGGAAAUUCAACGUCGUCAUUGGAGCGCAUCUAUUUUCUGUGGAUAGUAAGGGAGCGAUAUUGACUGAUAGUGGAAUCUGGAUUUGCUUUCUGGAAUAUAAAUAUUUGGAGCCUCACGGAAAAAAAAAUCGGAUAGAACAAUGGCCAGGCAAGUACUGUUGUUUGUCUCUGUGCUCUCCGUCAGCUCGGUGCUCGGGCAGGUCAGCUACACAAUACCAGAAGAAAUGCCAAAAGGAUCUUUAGUGGGUAAUAUCGCAAAUGAUUUAGGUUUACAAAUCAAACGUUUGGCAGCAGGUAAAGCGCGAAUUUUCACCCGAGACAGCGACGGGUACAUCGAACUAAACAGAGAAAGAGGAGUCCUGCUUGUUAAAGAGAGAAUUGACAGAGAGGCUCUCUGCAGACAGACGACGCCUUGUGCUUUACAUUUUCAGAUUAUUUUAGAGAAUCCAAUGGAAUUUUAUAGUGUUACAGUGCAGAUAACAGAUAUCAAUGAUAAUGCACCAACCUUUGAAAAAACUGAGAUGAAAUUCAAAAUCAGCGAGUCAGCGGUGAUCGGUGCAAAAUUUGUUCUAGAAAGAGCUGUGGAUCCCGAUGUAGGAAUUAAUGAUUUGAAAAGCUACCAAUUAAAACCAACAGAUAAUUUUGCUCUGAAGCUGCACAACAUCGCUGAUGGAAAUAAACACGUCGAGAUGGUGCUGCAGAAACCUUUAGACAGAGAGAAACAGGAGCAGAUAUAUCUCGUGUUGACGGCUGUAGACGGAGGAGAGCCGCAGAUGUCAGGAACGAUGCUGAUCCUCAUCACAGUUUUGGACGCUAAUGAUAAUGCUCCUGUUUUUACACAACAAACAUACAAAGCUACAGUUACUGAGAAUUCACCAAAAGGAACAAUUGUUGCUACUGUUACAGCCUCAGAUGCAGAUCGAGGCUCCAAUAGUAAAAUUACAUAUUCAAUCACAAAUACGUUAGAUGAUGUCAGGAAAGUGUUUGAUGUAAAUGAGGAAAACGGUGAGUGACUUUAAUUGGAAACA